AUGACCGAGUCUUGGACGUCAAAUAGCACCACCUCGAUGGCGAUACGCCUCGUUGGCUCGCCUCAUGGUACCGACGCACCUUUCCACCCUACCUUCACAUAUCCAAUCUAUGGCGAAGCCGAAACUAUCUACGGCUACCAGGGACUCUCCAUCAAUCUUGACGUCGCAUCAGGCAGCCUCGUUCCACUGCUUGAUGUCAAGUACCGCGCCAAGAACGAAUCAACCACAGCAACCCUCGACGAUGCAGAAGGCAAGAUCAAAGGGUUCCUACCUGCCGACCACAUCUCGACCUCCAUGUCCUCUUCAGCACGUCAAGACUUUGACGCAGCUCUGGGGCAAAGCGCUAGUUUCCGCCCACUUGGUGACAAGGUGCACAGCUAUACUCGGCGCAAGGUGAACAAGGGCAAGGGCAAGUCUGCCAACGUUGCAUCACUUGCAUCUUCGGCGCUGUCAGAGGAUGAUCCAAAUGCACGGGUGUUUGAAGUAUACCGCUCGACAUGGGAAACACCAGGGUUCCGAGAGUAUCAUCGUCGAAUGCAGCUCUUUGUGUUGCUCUUCAUCGAAGGCGCGAGCUACAUUCAGGAGGAGGAGACCAACUGGGAGUUCUUUACGCUGUACGAAAAGGUGAAAAAAGGCGAGAAGUCAACAUGGCACUUUAUGGGAUACACAAGCUUGUACAAGUUUUGGUGCUGGCCCGACUCUUCACGCAUUCGACUAUCUCAAUUCGUCGUCCUUCCGCCUUAUCAGAAACAGGGUCAUGGAGGUGCUCUCUACACCACAGUCUACGAUCAGAUCCGUCAACGAUCUUCCGUUUUGGAGCUGACAGUAGAAGAUCCAUCAGAAGACUUUGAUCGAUUGCGCGAUGGCAACGACCUUCGCCGUCUGCUCGCACCGGGCGGAUUCGUCGAGGUAGCAAAAGCAGAAGGCAAGCUUCAUGCGCCGGUCGAUGCAAAGUGGAUCGAACAGAAACGGCUGGAACACAAACUCGCGCCUCGACAGUGGGCAAGAGUGUUGGAGAUGGUGCAGCUUAUGAAUUUGGACACGAGCGACGAAGAGAAGAUCAAGCAGUACAGAUUGCAGGUCAAGGCAAGAAUUUACCGCCAAAACAAGGACAUCUUGAUUCAGCUGGAGAAGGCACAACAGCGUGCGAAGCUGCAAGAGACAUUCGAAAGCGUUAUUGAAGAGUACGGAGACAUGGUUGGGGUGGAUAUCGAGCCGAUUUUGGAUGUUGGACCCAGUUCUGGUGGUCUUGAUGGGGUUGAUGAGGAAGACGAAGAGGAGGAGGAUGAGGAUGACAGACAUUAUCAGAAUGGGAACGGUCCCCCUCGUAAGAUGGCUAAGUUCGCAUGA